GUUUUCAACGUAGCAUUAAUAAAGUUUCGAAUGUUGUCCCAACUUUAAUUUAUCAAAAUCAAAUCAUUAGAUCAUUGGCCUGGGAGGAAAAUAGUUACAGUUAUGGCUUACAACUCAACACUUAAUUAUCUCAAUCUUGUGCGUCGACUCGCGGAUGCAAGAUACCAUGUUCCUGAAAAUAUUAAAUCUUCGUUUAUGGGUUAUGCUAAGUCUGUAUACCAGUCAGAUCUGGAAAAAAGGUACAGCGAACCUAUGGUAUGGAUUGGGAUAUACAUCGCUUUAGCAUCUCUGUGUUGCAUCCUUGCAAUGCUGGCUGAUUUGCUACAUGGUUUAAGAAGCAGAAAGCUAUGGAUUCCGUGUAAGUACUUUACUUUUAAUGCUGCUUCUCUCACUGUAAUAGCUGUUGCAAUGAAGCUACCGGUGGAUCUAACCGGUCCGAUGCCUGGGGUUGUGGACCAACUGGCAAAGCUUGGAAGCAUGGCAUUUAUGUGCAACAUGAUGGCUAAUUUAUUGCCUAGUUUAGCAGCCAUGGACAGAAAUGGGAUAUUGGCAAACGUCACAGCUUUGGGUGUUCUGGUAAUCACCUUGGUGGUCAAUGUUUGCAUCCAAAUACAAACAGGUGUUGUAUCCAAUGGAGGGGAAGCUGCUAAGAUUCUUCAAAUGAUCUCUACAGGAGAUUACGCCCCUAAAGAGUUACUGGUCUCAAAUAAAGUUACCUGUUCCACAAUAGCCAUAAUUUAUUCGGCUCUGCUACUCUUGCUGUUAAUAAUACAUAUAUGUUCAUCUUUAGCGGUUUUGAAAUCCAAAGAGAUUAUAGAACUUCACUACCAACAACGUCAUGAAGAAGCUUCAAGUGACGUUCAAGAAUCAUACAGAACAUACUUAACCCCCGAGAGGCUAUAUGCCCAUGUGAGGAAGUACUGGAUCAUGGCGGGAAGUAGCAGCCCUGAAUACAUGAUACCUUGCUCUGUAACCACCACUGCUUCUGGGGUUAUCAAGGAGCUAACACGUUUGACAACAAUGAUCGUCAAAAUUGUUGGAGCUUAACGGUGGUAACACUAACAACGAUUGCCAUUACUCUUCCGAACAUUGAAAAGGUUGAAGUUGAGCGUUUGUACAAAAGUGUGAUGGAAGGUCUUGAAUAUGUCACACUUGUGGAAAAAUUCCUCAAUGCUACUGAUGACCAUAUAAGCACUCAGAAGGCAAAGGCCGCUGAAAGGUUGUGGCAAGAAGUUAAUGUCUUCCACAACUGGCUAGGAAUCAGGUUGAAAGAUAUUUCAUGUCAAUCAAAUUCACAUGCUAGCCAAGUAGAUACAACAAUGCAAAUUGUUCAGUUGUUUUUAGAAAACGCAAGAAACAAACUCGGAAAAGAGUGUGAAGGUCAAGAAAAUGUACCGAACUACACGUCUAUUUGUGCAAACUCAAUGUCUAGUGUCGCUGAGACACUCAUUCGUGACACAGAAAACCACCAGAGAUUGUUUGAUAAUUUAUCAUCAGGGAUUGCUGACAUAAUGGCUGCAUGUCUCACCAACCUACCUCGAGUCAUAGCAAUGAUAUGCCACACUGGUGUGAUAGAGAAGAGGGAGGAAAGUGCCCAAGCAGCAGCCAAACUUCUAGGUGAAACCAAGCAGAUAAUGCGCAUUCUUCAAAAUCGUGAUAUCCCAUCUAUGCAUCCGAAUGACUUGCCUUAAGUGAUCCCAUUUUUUAAAAACCAUAUCCGUUCUUCAAGUAGUGAGGUAACUUCAUUUUGAUUUUUCAUAAUUUACUCUCUCGGUCCAUCUCAAUAUGACGAAUGUUAUCUGGUACUAGUUCUCCUCUAAUAUUGAUUUCCAAUAAUGCAUGGUUGUGUUGACACUUGGGUAUGAACGGCAUUGUGAGGCUAAUAUGUUUUAAUGGGCAAGGGGUCAAAUUAAUUUGGGAUGAGAUUGAGAUUGAAUGCUUCUUCAAAAAGUUAAUUUGCACUGUUGCACAAAGAAGGCAUGUGGAUUUUUGGUUUCUAGUAAAUUUGUAAACUUAUAAAACAAGUUUGUGACCAAGUCCUUGGUUCUUAGCAUUUGUAUCCUUCCCUAAUUUGCUUGUAAGAUAUUGUGUGUAUUGGUUUUUGGUGUUGUUUGAGGAAAGUUUCUUAUGGAUUUGUUCAUGUGA